AUGGAUACUUUAUUUUAUAAAGUUUUUAAAAAUAUAUACAUUAAUCAUUUAAUAAUAAAACAUCUCUUAAUAUAUAAUAAAUACAACAAUAAAAUUAAAAUAAAUAUUAAUAAUGAUACAGAUAUAAUUAACUUUUUAGCUAACCCAUAUAAAAGCUAUAUGAAAUCAAUAGAAAUAAAUGACAACGAUGAUAUAAAAAAACUCCUAUAUAUUCAAGAUUUGGACCUUAUCUCCCACCCUGUAAAUAAUAACUCUACAGACAAUAAUAAUAAUAAUAAUAAUGAAGAUAAUUUAAGUGAUAAUGAUAAUGAUUAUGAUAAUGAUUAUAAUAAUUAUAAAGACCCAGAAAUAAAUGAGAUUAUAAAAAUAAUAAAUAUACAUAAUAUUGAAUCAAUCGAAAUCAACUCACACGAAUAUUUUAAAUAUUGUACAGAAAUCAAUUUAGAAUUUAUAAAAACUUUGGUAUUAAAUAGAAACAAAAAUACCAUUCACGUAUCAAAAUCAUUUAAUUUUUCAAAUAUACCAAGUCCAAUAGUCAAUUCUAAUGUACUAACUAGUUUAGAACUUAACGACUAUAAUGGCCAAUUAACACAACUACCAAAACAACUUAAAAUACUAAAAAUGAACACCUUUAAUCAAACAAUUAAAAAUGAUAUAUUACCAACAUCACUUACCCACCUACACUUAUCACAAUUUAAUAAACCACUUUCAUAUAAUAACGAAAUAAUUUUACCAAACCAAUUAAAAAUCUUAAUUUUAGAUAAUUUCAAUAAUGUUAUUAAAUCAUCAAAAGAAUUUCCAGAAUCAUUAGAGAUUAUAAAACUAAAGUCAUAUACUAAGGAAAUUAAAUGUUUUAAUAACAAUAAUAAAAACAACAGUAACAAUAAUAAUUUAAACAAUUUAAAAUAUUUAAAACUACUAAAUAAUAAAAACAAUAAUAAAAAUAUUAAAUCUUUUCCAAAUAUUAAAAAAUAUAAAUUAAAAAGCUUUGUUGACGAUUCAGUUAUUUGUGAACUACCAGCAACAAUCAAAACCUUUUCAAUAUUUUCAAAAUCGAUUACACUAGAUCUAGGUCAAUAUAAUGGAAAUAUAGCAAAUAUCAAAUGCACAAUGUCGCAGUUAGAAUCAAUACCAAAAACAAUAAAAAAACUAUACAUAAACGGAGGAUUUGAUGGAUUUAAAAAUGGAUCAGACCAACAAUUUAAUAAUUUAAAAUCAUUAUAUAUAGAUUUUUUCAAUGAAGCUAGUGAUACAAGUAACAACCAAAACGAAAAUCCACCACAAACUUUCAAAUAUCCAAAGUCAAUAAAAAGAUUAAAAGUCUCUUUGAUGGAUGAAUAUAAUAAAUCAAAUUUUGACUAUAGUACCAUUUUACCAACAAAUCAAUUAAAAUCGUUCAAAUUAGAAGAUUCGUUUGAUUUUUCAUUAGAAAAAGGUUCAAACUUCCUAUCAAAUUUUGGGGCAUCACUGCAACAUCUUGAUUUAGGACACCAAUGUAUAAUAAAUUUUAAUCAAUUAAACCUAUCAACAACCCUUACAUCACUAAAAUAUUUAGCAACUUCAAUAGAAAACAUCAAUAGCUCAACCCUUUUCCCUCCAUCUUUACAAUACUUAAAUAUAAUAGUAUUUUCAUUUGGAAAAAACAAAACCAUAACCUAUAUUCCAGAUACCGUUAAAUGUCUAAUUGCUUUAGGUCCAGAUAUUCUAUUUAAUUUGCCAAGUAGAUCCAUUGAGAAUUUGGAUUCAAUUUACAUAUCAAAUACAAAUAAACUUUUAACAACUCCAAACAGUGUAGAUAGUUUAUUAUUUAGUAAAACUAAAGUUUUAAAUCUUGUUUCAAAUUUAAAUGUAAAAUUUAAACAUAUAUAUAAAAUUUGUAAAAUAAAAUAA